GACACUGAGGAGAGUAGAAGAUGUUCGAAGAAGCGGAUAACUUUGCGGAUCUGUUCCGCGGUGGACUGCCGUACUAUCUGCUGAUUACGCUGCCGAUUUUGAUCAUUUGCUCGUCGAAUCCGGUGCUGGCUGCGAGCGAGUUUAGCGUUCAGCGGAUGUCACAGUACGACGUUCAUGGGGCCGCGUACGGGUGCCGUGCAUCGGCGUUAAAUUUGGAAGCCAAAUCAUUGUACACAUGGCAAACGUCCCGGCAUUGUGUGUUGACCCGGUUGCAGGACAUGACCAUCGACCAUUUCCGGGAAAUUCGCGCUAAGGCCGGUGGUCUUGUGGUGCUGCUGCCGGAAGAUACGGCCGCACUAAGCUUGGAGGACAAGCAGCACAUUCACCUGCUUGAGCAGGCAAUGAUGGUGCAGGAUGUCCCCAUUCCGGUGUACUUCUCCAAGUACGAUCCCAAACUGAAUGGCAUCAUCGAUGAAGUAACACGUACCACCGUGCGCAAUCAAAAGCAGAGCACACAGAAACGUGAAUCCGCGUUUAGCGAAAUAUUCGGUUCGAUAUCCGCCAACGGGUACCAGAUAGUGGUGUCCGGUGCGUCCCAUGCUGCCAACAAACAGUCCAAGAUACCGAUCAUUCAGGGUGAGCUGGCACCGCUCAAGCCCGGAAAAGCGUUGGACGGUGACAAUAAGCUGCCGCUAAUCAUUGUAACGGCCCAUCUCGAUACGUUCGGCUUGACAAACUCCCGGCAGAGCAAUGCGGAUGUGGCCGUACUGUUAACGUUGGUCGAACUGUUUAGCAAGCUGCACGCGAGUAUUCCCAAGUAUCGGCUCAUAUUUCUGGUUUCCGAAUCGGGCCUACUGCUCAACUUCCAAGGCAUGAAGAAGUGGCUCGAUUCGAAUUUGGACGAAAAUGUGCAGAUACAGCAUGCGGAAUUUGUCGUUUGUCUCGACACGGUCGGCAAGCUGCUGGCGAACGAAAACAUCUAUAUGCACGUAUCGAAACCUCCCAAGGAGGGUUCGGCGAUGAACGGGUUCUACAAAACACUACGUACCGUUGCCCAGAGGUAUGGCAAUGUUAGUGUCGAGGGUGUGCACAAGAAGAUCAAUCUGGCGGACACAUUGCUCGCCUGGGAACAUGAACGGUUCAGUAUGAAGCGCAUGCCAGCCUUUACCCUUUCAAAUGUGAAGAGCCAUAAAGACCCAAUGCGAAACACCAUCUUCGAGGACGACACCGUGGAGGAGCAGCUGGACGCACUGGAACGGAAUGUAAAAAUUAUCGCCGAAUCACUAGCCAGCCACAUCUACAACGUGCCCGCGGAAGAUGGUGCGGCGGGAGAAAUAUUUACCGGCUCGAUGGCCAUCAGCCGGGAGCAGAUCAAGCCCUGGUUGCACAUUCGGUCGACGCAGCAGAACAACGAUCUGAAGUAUGCGUUCGAAAAGUAUCUGCGCAAUGUGAAGGUAACGUACGAGAAGCCGGAUGCUCGCGAACCGGACUUCAUGCUGUACGACGAUCGGGAUGCGCUGCUUAACAUCUACAACGUGAAGCCGGCUAUUUUCGACCUGUUCCUUACGUUUAUGAUUGCCGCCUACCUGACGGCGGUGUACUUUGCCAUCUUCCACUUUUCGAGGCUGUACGGUUUCGUGUGUCGUAUGACGGUAGCUAAAACCAAAGUAAACUAA